AUGUCCGCUUUCAGAAAAAUCAUCUCAAUUCUAGUUGUCUGUAGUGUUUUUACAUCAGCUGUCAAAGCUUACUGGUUUUUCUACGAAAAACAGGCCAGUCCGGACGAAGACGUUGGUGAUGUCAAUGAUGAUUCCAAUGAAAAUUCCAAGGAAGAUUCCAACGAUGAAGAUUCCAACGAUGAAGAUUCCGACGAUGAAGAUUCCGACGACGAAGAUUCCGACGAUGAAGAUUCCAACGAUGAAGAUUUCGACGACGAAGAUUCCGACGACGAAGAUUUCGAGAACGAAGAUUUCGAGGACGAAGAUUCCGACGAUGCUUCAGGUAAUAAAUUUAACAGAAAUUCGAAAAAACUUAACAUUGGUAGAACCAGAAAGUAUUUAAAUGUAGGUUUCAUUAGAAAAUCCGAUGAAAGUUCCGAUGAAAAAUUUGACUACAAUUCUGGGACACACCUCAGAAAAUAUAUCACAAAACGUUCCAGAGCAGGUGAACACGUCAACGAAGGUGCUUGUAGCGAUAGUUCUAAAGAAAGCACCGAAUAUAUUUCGGAUGUAAAUCCUAAUGAAAAAUUGUAA